CCGAACCAAAAAUGUUUUUAUUUAUUGAGCUUCAAUAGUGACAUCUCCUAGUAAAAUCCGUGUUGAAAUUGGACAAAAUUUAUUGAAAUUAAUUUUUAACAAAUUUGUAAAAAUUGUAUUACCACGUAUUCCUUAUUUUAGUAUUACAAUUAAUCCAAACAACAGUGCUCUCUAAAUUGACUUGCGUUCCCUUUCAUGAUUGGUUGACAUUGUAAAUAGGCGUGUUUUAUCUGUCGAAAUUCUGUCUCUGUUUCUCGUCCUCGGUCGAAAAUAAUGAUUGCUAGUAGAUAGUCCUUGUGGUGAAUUGUGCCUAUUUAUUAUAUUGCUUGUGCUGCAAGUUAUAGAAUCUUAACAGCAACCUGAAUUACCAAUUACAGAAAAACAAUGAAUCCCAACAAUCGAGGCGCAAGCAUGAGAAAUUCUCGUCAUAACCAGCACUCAGGACGACCUCGAUGGCCUUCAUCCUUCAAGGACUAUCAGUGCUAUAGCCAAAGUGAUGGAGGUUCACCUGGCAAAGAUCCAGUGUUCUACCCUAAGCCCCAAGGUACUGUGGCUGGACAAAGUCCAAGCCACUAUCCCCCACUACAUCCAGGUGAUCUGCCGGGUGAACUGCGCCAAUUGUCUCCACCCCUUCAUGUCAACAUUCGUGCUCAGGAUAAUGGACUGUCAGUGCGAGGAGGUCCUUUGCUUAGCAUUAGUCCUGGACUACUUGGCUCUAGCCCCCUGGACGUAGCUCAGAGAGGGUUAGAGUUCUCCCCACGACGCAGCGGUCCAGAUCUGAGAUUAAGUCCGAUACAAAUUCCCCAUUCACCACCAUUCUUCCGCAACGGAGGACAAGAUGAUGGAAGAAAAGUAAGUAAUGUUCAGUUCACUCUGCUAAGGCCACACUCUACCAAGUAGCACAUCCUUUCUUUAUACAAUGUGUUCAUUCUUCCUAACACUUUGACAUACCUAACAUACUCACACUAUGCCGGGUCACGAGACGAUAUAUCAACUAUGUUCUAUUUGGUGGUCAUUUGAGUAUCAGACUAUCCAUAAAUGACAUUAACCCUUUGAGCCCCAGCCGCCGGUAUAUCGUCGGUAAAUUUCACUGUCUAAAAACCCCAGGCCGACGAUAUUCCGGCGGUAAAAAUAGUGCGAGAAACCCCAGCCGACGAUAUGUCGUCGGCAUGAUAUAAGUUAUUAUAAAUGGCUCUUAAGUAUUUAAUUUUAGCGACACCAGUGGUUU